AUGACACACUUCAUGGCUCCCCGCCCCGCCCCUUACUCCUCACACAACAGAAAGGGCGGGAAACCCCGCUCAGCGACAAGGGACCCGGAUGUAAGCGCCGGAAAAACUCGUUUCGCGCUCUUUUGGCCUUGCGGAGGAACCGUAGCGGAGGGGAGGUGGUGGCGGCCGCCUGACUUCCGGGAGAGGUCGCCUGACUUCCGGGAGCAGCCGCGGCGGGCGGUGCGGAGCGGAGUAGGAUGGUUUAACAUUGAUCACGCCUCGCCCUGUUUCCCAUUCCCCUGUCUGCAAUCAACUCCUCCACCCGCUCAGGCCGGGCACAGAUUGGUGUUAGUGUUAGGAGACCUUCACAUUCCGCAUCGAUGCAACAGCCUCCCGGCCAAGUUCAAAAAGCUGCUGGUUCCAGGAAAGAUCCAGCACAUCCUCUGCACGGGAAACCUCUGCACCAAGGACACUUAUGACUACCUCAAGACCCUGGCCGGGGAUGUUCACGUUGUCAGAGGGGACUUCGAUGAGAACCUGAAUUAUCCCGAACAGAAAGUUGUAACUGUUGGACAGUUCAAAAUCGGUCUGAUUCACGGGCACCAGGUCAUUCCUUGGGGUGAUAUGGCCAGCCUGGCACUGCUACAGAGGCAGUUUGAUGUGGACAUCCUCAUUUCGGGACAUACACACAAAUUUGAGGCAUUUGAACAUGAAAACAAGUUCUAUAUCAAUCCAGGAUCAGCUACAGGAGCUUAUCAUGCCUUAGAGAACAACAUCAUUCCGUCAUUUGUGCUGAUGGAUAUCCAGGCUUCUACAGUAGUUACGUACGUCUAUCAGCUAAUUGGAGAUGAUGUGAAAGUAGAAAGAAUUGAGUACAAAAAAUCGUAAAAUAUAUUUGCUUUUGUGGUAUUUUUACUGUCUCAUUCCAGAACUGCAUGUUACUACAAUACUCGAUUGCUAGUUUGCAGCACUACACCUAACAUUUAACAGCUGAACGGUGUAACGUAUCGGUAAUAACUUUGAAACAUUGCUUUUUCUUUUCUCUGUACCAAUUGAUCUGUAAAAUAUGUCACUAACUGUUGAAGUACAGUUCCUUCGUGUUGUCAUAAAUUCCCCUUGGUAGAAAAACAAAGCUUUAUGAACUGUUGAAGAAAUGCAGCAGUUGCACUUGGUUUUGAGAUGUCUGCCAGUACUUGCUUUGGCUAAUGCUGAGCAGAUAGCUCCGUGCACUGGUGUGGUGACUUCAAAAAGAAAACUGUGACAGGCUUGAACAAAAAUAGCAAGGCCUCUGGAGGCAUGUUUGGUUUGCUUCAAAAUCCAGGUGAGGCUUGGAUUUCUCAUUCAAUAUAACAUAAUCUUUUAACUUAAUUGGAUAGAUUUUUGGAAAAAAAAAUUAGAACGAACACAUACCUUGGAGUGGUAGUUUCGCUGUAGAAAGCUGAACCUGAGUCUUUUUAAUACUCAAAGCACCACUGUGCUUUAAUGAAUGACAGUCUCAUUAAAUCUGUAAACAGUGAUGAGCUUUCCUUUAUUUAUGGCUUAUAUUUGAUAUUAUGUCUAUACCCACUUUGCUCUGUGUAAGAAGGUUUUAAAUAAUGGAAUUCCAUCCAGCACUUGUACUGCUACCGGAGGCUAAGAAGUUGGUUGUUCAAGAAGACUGGAGCUUUUGUCUCUCCUGGUCUCAGGUACCUGCAGGGAACUGAAUGUAUUUUAACAGCUCUUGCUUCUUAUGACUGCUGAUUUUCCAAUAUAAAUAAAGUUGUCUCUGCGCAACAUCUAGAAUUUAGAAUGGUGGCCUGUUUCCUUGGCAGUAAAAGAAAUGGCAGUACAGUGUUUGUGCAGGAAGCUGUGCAGCAGUUGUCAUGAAGGUUUGUGUCAAGUAAAUGAGUUAUCCAUAAAACUUUAGUUCUGUGUCAUUUUCUUUGGCUAAAUACCUUAUUUCUAUUUGAAAUAAACCUGCUUUACUUACAAAAAGA